AUGCAUGGCAAGUGGUUGACAUGUAGUGAUAUAAAAACAAGAACAAAAAAGAAAAUAUCAGACAACAAAAAGGAAGCAAAUAAAACAGGAGGAGGCCCAAAUACCUCAGAAGUGGUGGAUAAAGUAGACAACAAGAUUUUGGAGAUUAUUGGCGGAGAUGUCGUCAUCGAAGGACUGGACAUCCCAGAAUUGGGUAUAGCAACAGAGGGAGACUGGGACCAUCAAUACUUCCAGGAACAAAAGGAACAAGAUGUGGCGAUCAAUAAGGGAAUAAUAUCAGAAGAAAUUAAUAAUAAUAAGAAUGUGAAACCACAACCCACUGUAAAUAAAAUACAAAGAGAAGAACCAACUCCGCAACAUAAAAAAAGGGUAAGGCCUCCCAUUGUCAGACCAGCAAACAAAAAAAUCAAUAUGAGCCCAAAAAGCACUGCAUUUGAUUUAGUACAAGUGACUGAACGAACCAACCAGAUAAAGGAAACAUACUACCAUAACAAAUUACAGCAACUACAAAAAAUACAUGAGGAAAAUUUGGAACUAAGGAGAGAAGAUAUUCAGCUGAAAAAAAUGGAGUUACCUCUAAAAGAAGAGGAAUUACAGCUAAGCAAACAAGAAUUAGCAUUAAAAAAAGACCAAUUGUCUGUGAAAAAGUUAUGA